AUGAUCCCGGUGGCCGAGUUCAAGCAGUUCACAGAACAGCAGCCUGCCUUCAAGGUGCUCAAGCCCUGGUGGGACGUGCUGGCCGAGUACCUGACCGUGGCCAUGCUCAUGAUUGGGGUCUUUGGCUGCACCCUCCAGGUGACCCAAGACAAGAUCAUCUGUCUGCCCAGUCAUGAACCCCACGAGAACUCAUCAGAGGCCCCGUGCCAGCAACUGCUACCGCAGGGUGUCUCGGAGCAGAUGGGGGGCCUCCGGGAGGUGAGCGGACUGAAGAACAAUCUGGACCUGCAGCAGUACAACUUCAUUAACCAGCUCUGCUACGAGACGGCCCUCCACUGGUACGCCAAGUACUUCCCCUACCUGGUUGUCAUUCACACACUCAUCUUCAUGGUCUGCACCAGCUUCUGGUUCAAGUUCCCUGGCACCAGCUCCAAGAUCGAACACUUCAUCUCCAUCCUGGGCAAGUGUUUUGAUUCGCCGUGGACCACACGGGCCCUGUCCGAGGUCUCCGGGGAGAACCAUAAGGGCCCGGCUGCUGGACGGGCCACGGCCACCAUGGUGGCCUCUGCAGGGGCCGGGCUGGGGAAGGCAGAUGAGGAGGAGAAGGAGAAGGUGCUGGUGGAGCCUGAGAAGGUGGUGACUGAGCCACCGGCUGUGACACUCCUAGACAAGAAAGAAGGUGAGCAGGCCAAAGCCUUGUUUGAGAAGGUCAAAAAGUUCCGUGUGCAUGUGGAAGAGGGUGACAUCCUCUACACCAUGUAUAUCAGGCAGACGGUGCUCAAAGCAUGCAAGUUCCUCGCCAUCCUGGUCUACAACCUCGUCUAUGUGGAGAAGAUCAGCUUCCUGGUGGCCUGCAAGGUGGAGACCUCCGAGGUCACCGGCUAUGCCAGCUUCUGCUGCAACCACACCAAGGCCCACCUCUUCUCGAAGCUGGCCUUCUGCUACAUCUCCUUUGUGUGCGUCUAUGGGAUCACCUGCCUCUACACGCUCUACUGGCUCUUCCACCGGCCCCUUAAAGAAUACUCCUUCCGUUCUGUGCGGGAGGAGACAGGCAUGGGGGACAUCCCAGACGUCAAGAAUGACUUUGCCUUCAUGCUGCACCUCAUCGACCAAUACGACUCUCUCUACUCCAAGCGCUUUGCUGUCUUCCUCUCCGAGGUCAGCGAAAGCCGCCUGAAGCAGCUCAACCUCAACCACGAGUGGACGCCCGAGAAGCUUCGGCAGAAGCUGCAGCGCAAUGCACGGGGCCGGCUGGAGCUGGCCCUCUGCAUGCUCCCUGGACUGCCCGACACUGUCUUCGAGCUCAGCGAGGUGGAGGCGCUCCGGCUGGAGGCCAUCGGGGAUAUCACCUUCCCCCCAGGGCUGUCACAGCUGGUGCACUUGCAGGAGCUCAGUUUGCUUCACUCGCCGGCCAGGCUGCCCUUCUCCUCACAGAUCUUCCUGCGGGACCGCCUGAAGGUGAUCCGCGUCAAAUGUGAGGAGCUCCGAGAGGUGCCCCUCUGGGUGUUCGGGCUUCGUGGCCUGGAGGAGUUGCACCUGGAGGGGCUCUUCCCCCCAGAACUGGCUCGGGCAGCCACCCUUGAGAGCCUCCGGGAGCUGAAGCAGCUCAAGGUGCUGUCCCUGCGGAGCAAUGCCGGGAAGGUGCCAGCCAGUGUGACUGAUGUGGCGGGGCAUCUGCAGCGUCUCAGCCUGCACAAUGAUGGGGCCCGCUUGCUCGCCCUCAACAGCCUCAAGAAGCUGGUGACAUUGCGGGAGCUGGAGCUGGUGGCCUGUGGGCUGGAGCGCAUCCCCCAUGCCGUCUUCAGCCUGGGGGCGUUGCAGGAACUUGACCUCAAGGACAACCACCUGCGGUCCAUCGAGGAGAUCCUCAGCUUCCAGCACUGUCGAAAGCUGGUCACACUUAGGCUUUGGCACAACCAGAUCGCCUAUGUCCCCGAGCAUGUGCGGAAGCUCAGGAGCCUUGAACAGCUCUACCUCAGCCACAACAAACUCGAGACCCUGCCCACCCAGCUCGGCCUGUGCUCCAGCCUCCGUCUGCUAGAUGUGUCCCACAAUGGGCUGCACUCCCUGCCACCAGAAGUGGGCCUCUUGCAGAACCUGCAGCACCUAGCUGUCUCCUACAAUGCCCUUGAGGCCCUGCCGGAUGAGCUCUUCUUCUGCCGCAAGCUACGGACCUUGCUUCUGGGCUUUAACCACCUGAGCCAGCUCUCGCCCCACGUGGGGGCCCUCAGAGCCCUCAGCCGCCUGGAGCUCAGCGGCAACCGGUUGGAGGCUCUGCCAGAAGAACUUGGCCACUGUGCGGGGCUCAAGAAGGCGGGUUUGCUGGUGGAAGACACCCUUUAUGAGGGCCUGCCAGCAGAGGUGCGAGAGAAGAUGGAGGAGGAGUGA